UUUUGGAUGCGCGCGCAGUUUAUUAUCCAAGAUGGCGGAGCUUACGUGAAUUUGCUUUUUAGAUGGUUAUUUUCAGCGAUUAGCCAGAUGAUCUAAGGAAUUAUGUCUAAAAUUCGGUCUUACGAUAGUGGUGAGCUGGAAAAUCAGUUUGUGCUACGUCUUCCUAAGAAGCAAGCUGAUGCUGUGAAAAAAUAUGUAAGCGGAGGAUCAAUCAAGGAGAAAUUAUCAAUUGAAUUCCAAGCUGAUUACCGACAUGCUACUGUCAGAGUUGGAGAUGAAGCACUCUCAGCAAAGCUUGUUGAUCUUCCUUGUGUUAUGGAGACACACAAGACAUUUGAUGACAAAAGCUUUUACAAAACAGCAGAUAUCUGCCAGAUGCUGUUAUGCACUGAUGAAGACCAAGAUAGUCAGAGUGAAGAUGAGGACCAAAGACACCACAAAAGGGAAUCCAAGAAGUUUGUUUGGAAUCAUGGAAUUACCCCUCCAUUGAAGAAUGUCAGAAAAAGAAGGUUUAGGAAAAUUGCCAAGAAAAAAGUUUCAGAGUCACCUGAAAUUGAAAAAGAGGUAAAACGAUUGUUGAGGACAGAUCUAAGUGCUGCUAAAGUCACAUUUGAAGUCAUCAAUGAUGAAGAGAAACCUGAUGAUUCAAAAAAGAAUCUCCCGACUGAUGCUGAUCUAGCUAGUGCCUCUGGAGUGUCUCCAAGGGUCUUGUCCAAAGGUGGCCCUCAAAUUGAUAACAACAGUGAUGAUGAGGAUGAUGACCGAAAUCAGCUUCUUGCAAUUCUACAAGAAGCAAGCAGUGACGAAGACGACGAUGAACCUGACAUUAGCCAAAAGGAUGAUGAUGAUAUUGAUGUUGAGGGUGAUGAAAAUGAAGAAUAUGAUAGUGAGCUCAAGACCCAGCUAGAAGAAGCCAGGGAGCGCUUGGAGGAAAUUCGUAGCUCCAAGCACCAACAGAUUGCAAGAGUCAGUGGUGCUGCGAACCCGUUUCUCAAGGAGAGAUUCGAGAAGAUUUUAGAAGACAUCAUACGACAAGAGAAAGAGCAACUGGCGGAGCUUGAAAAACUGGAGAGCGAAAUGGCCGCCGACACCAGUUAAUGUCUCAGGAUUCUGAAUGUACAUAGGAAUACUUUAAAGACACAAUCAAUAUAACAGAGACUGUUGGUUGUAUUAUAUGUUUUACGUAUUUUUUGAGAGGCAAAUCCAAAAUAAACACAGAAAUGAUGUGCCUGUCAAGCCAGAGAACGUCGAAAAAAUAAUAUUAAAAUGGAAAUAAGUCCUUUCUGGCAAAGAAACAUUCUGGCGUAUACGUAAGAGCUAGAUAAGUUGUUUUUUGCUGUUGUUAUUUUGCUAAAACGCCAAAAGCCUGAACGCGAGCGAGUAUGCCACCCAAAAAGCCGUUUUGCAAAAAAAAAAAAAAAAGGUUUUGCAAAUAGACCGCAAAAUUUGUAAACGAUAUUGAAAACGAUACAACAAUUGAAACAAGGACAAAAGUGAACCGUUUUUUUAUGAAGCAUGAGUUGUAUCAGGUUACAUGAUGUGCGGACAUGAUAUAUACCUAUUUGCAGAAUGAUUGGCAGUCGUUAUUACCAAUGCGGAAGCGGAAUUUAAAAACAGGUACCGGAAGGUUGAAGGCGUGCUGGGUUAUAUGCACCCUCGAUGACGUAGGUCACAAAGAUGACGGUGAAUUCAUGAUGGAAAGAAGGGAAGCGCUUUAUUGAACUUCAAGUGAUCUUAAGAGUGAUUAUUUUAUUAAAUAGCUAAAACGUGAGAAGUCGAACAACCCUUAGGCUCGAAAAACUAGUUGUUUGUAGCUGAAUGGUCCUAGCAUUUCCCAGAAGCGUACGUUAAAAACCCGUAAUAUAAGAACCAAGAUUUUUAAAACAGCCAUACAAGAAAGGUUCGUAUAAUUUCCAUAUAUUUUUCAUUUUUUUUAGCAAAUUAAAUGAUGUUAAAAAAAUUGGUUUCAUUUUUCACAAGUGAGCCUUCAUAAGAACUUCCUUUUUUAGGGAUAGGGGUUGUUUUUUUUGUUUGGGUAGGGGGUAAGCAGGUUUUUAUAUUUUAGAGUAUUAAAAUCCAACAUUUCUGCUUGGUGACAAAUCACUUGGUUCUUACACUCGGGUUUUGACUUUAUCGCAUAUGACGAGUCGUGAACUCGAGAAAUUUUAAAAGCGAUAAAGCGGCACAGUUGUAAAUCGUGACUCACACAUCGCCUAGAUAGAUAGAAAAUGAAAUAUUUUUUAAUUCGGUUAAUGCGAUUUCCUUGAAUUAAUGAAAAGCGAGGUAAAAGAAACAGGUCAGCAGAGAAUCCCGACAUGGGGUGGUAGGUUAAUCUUUUCAAUAAAAAGCCAUUUUAUAAUGUCAGUUACCAAGAUACCCGCUUGACAAAUUCCAUGUACACUUUUUAUUCUAAGAACGUCUUAUUUUCAGUUGUGGCUGGGUUGUUCUUAUUUUUGGACUACUUUAAGGCUGAAAAUGUUCUUAAGAAUGUUUUUGAAUUUUAAGUUAAGUUAAAAUUGUUACCUAAUGAACUGUUAGAAGAGAACUAAACAAAUGAUCCAUAGAAAUAAUAAUCAAAGUUGUUAUUGUCAAGACAAUUUGAUUAUGAAUUUUAGAACACAACACAUAUAUAUACACACCUAUUUCAAAAUAUGUUGUCAGUGCAAAUGGCUAAUGACAAUUCUCAAAUGGCAGUUAUGCUAUUAAAAAAUACCAUGAAACUAGUCAAAUUUCUGCUAAAUGUAGGGAAAUGUUGAUAAUUUCUGCUAUUAUAUUACUUAUAAUCUUUAUUCUUACAAAUCAUUAUACCCAUAAGCAGUGAUUGGUCUUAGAACUGCCAUUUGACAAUUGCCAUUUGCACUGCCGACGUUUAUUGGGAUAGGUGUAUAUAUAUAUAUAUAUAUAUAUAUGCAAGGUCCCGAUAACUUUCUUAAUAUUUAAGCCAUGUGAAUUUCGGGCCCGAGAAGUUCGGGAAAGAUCAAAAUCUAUGAACCUAUGAAGAGGGUCAUCCUUCACAUGAAUAUUUGUCGUAAAAUACGAUGUUUGACGAUAUUUUAUUUAGAUACCGCAAAUUUUAUAGGAAUUAGGCAGCUUUUCAAAUUUAAGGAAUAAAACGUUUUCGGGUCCGAGAAUUCCCGGGUGUUUUGAGAAAGAGUCCCUGGAUCAGCGGGGUAGCCAGGGUCUUUAACAGGAAAGGGCCCAAAAGGCCCUUCUUAAGGCCUUUCUCCUGUGUUUUAGAUAAUGUAUCAUACAUUUACUGUAUUUUUGGCUGCUGGAAAGGGGGGGCAACCCCUGGCUACGCCCCUGUGGAUAUUGUACGUAAAUCGAAGCAAACGUCUCUUCACUCUCUUGCCUCUGUUUAUUCAUUAAGUAACCCCUUUUUUGACUGCUGGCUAUAUAGCUAUCUAAUACGUAUAAGACUAUGUUGUAAAGUACUAAGAAGAACUAUAUUAAAAAUUAACAGUAAAUAACAAAA